AUUUUGCGUUAUUUGCUCAUUGCAAAAACACAACAUCGAAAUCGACUCGUCAUAAAUGACAACAAAGCAGAAGCAGAAAAAUGGCAGAAAGCAACGCCAUGUCGAAGGAGGAAGGCGAAGCCGGCGACGUCGGAGGAAAUUGGUGGGGCGGCUUGUUGAAAACUGUGCAGGAAAAGUCUGGCAGUGCUUGGGUCCAGAUGAGGAAAGACCUCGGUGAAUUUGGAACCACCAUCCAGCGAGACACGGCUCAGGCAGCCGCUUCAACGGCAACACUCAUCAAAGAGCAGCUCAAGGUCCAAGAAGGAGAGGGUGAGGAGAAUGAAGAUGUGACAACGACGGCUCGAAUGAAAGUUGGUUUUUCCAAACUAUUGACGGGUCUCUCCCAGAGUCUGACACCGGCCGAGUCAAGCAAGUCGUCAAAAGACGAUGAUGUCCCCAUAGCUCGCAAGGAUCCCCACAUCUUUGACAAAGCCAGGGCUCGUCUCCAUGCCAUGCAGACGGACCCUACCACGUACUGCAGCGAUCCUGAUGGCGUACCGGACUUCAAAGAGUGGAUGGAGUCUUUCAAUGUGGAGAGCUUCAAAGGAGAGAUUUCGGAACUGUUGGUAGUUAAUACCGAUGUCAGGGCACUCUACACAAAACUGGUACCAGCUGCCGUCUCUCAUGUGGAGUUCUGGGGGCGGUAUUUCUACCGAGUGCAGCAGCUGAGGGAGGAUGAGAAGAGGAGAAGGGCCUUAAAGGAGCGUGCGGACAUGACAUCAUCGCAGAAAUUUGAAGAGGAAGAUCUAGGAUGGGGAGACGAAGACGACACUUGGGACACCGUACCUGAUGCGAUGAAGAACCAAUCUGGACUAGAGAAGUUUGUUGUUCUACCGGAAGACGGUGACAAGGAACCUAAAGAUGCCUCCUCUACAAAUAAUCCAUCGGAAUCGGAUCCAAACCAACCAACAGAAACAAUUACCCACCAUGCAACUGAAUUGUCAAUAUCACAGGAUACGAACACAGACUCUCCCAAGGACUCCCACGAGCAAGAACCUUCUCAUAUAUCAGAUAAACAGAAACCAAGUGAAGACAGUAGACCUGCAGAUGUUGUAACUCAAUGUGAUGAUGCAAGGAAAGGAGACCAGGACUCGAGUAGACUAAGACCAGAACCUGCCAGCCUAACAAGUGUACUUGGACCUAGUCCUGUUGUCGAGACCAAGAACUCUGAAGCGGAAACUGCUGCACCCAUCCAAACACUCCAAGUGUCUUCCACUUCGGAUGGACCUGUACCGAAUGCAACCACAACCUUGAGACAUACGGAAAGAACAGUUGGAGAGGAUGGGGAACAGGGGACAAGGGUUAAAAUGGACAAACCGCAGCUUGAAGGAUUAACAGUUGAGACAGAUAGAAAGGAGGAAGAGAGUGAAGUGACGACGACAAAGGCGACUGAACAGGUUUCGCCCGUGGAAUCAGAUGGAAGCAAUAGAGAAUCAAGUCUUAGUGACGACUGGGAGAAAGACUUUGAUGACAUCGAAGUGACGGAGGAAGACCUCAAGAACGCUUCGGUAAAGAUUGCCUCCGGAGCGGUGGACAAUGAUGAUUUGGAUGAUGAUUGGGAGAGUUGGGAUUGACCCAAGUGUUAAUCUUCAAGUGCUUUGGACAAGAUGACCUUUCUUACCAUGUCGUCCCAGAAAAUUGUAGUUCUGGGCGAUCUGUGCUCUGUAAGAUGAAGGUUUGCGAUCAAUGACUAUAUGGCUUUGGCUAAUUGAUCAUUGUUGGGUAUGCUUUUCGCUCGAAUGCUGAUAAGGAACCAAUCAAAACUGAUCUUUCGCAUUUGCAAUCCAUCUCUUACCUUUAUGAAAUGUGACCCUACUCUUUAUAUCCAAGGGUAACUGACCAAAUGAGAUCUUACAAAAUGCUUUAAAGGGGAAGUUCACCCUGUAGAAAAGUUUGUUGUACAAA